CCAAAGGCAAGCGACAUGAAGGACACAGUCCUACUCGGCAAAAACGCCCUACCCAAAUGGGAAAUCACCGGCCUUGUGGAGUACAUCCAUGGCGGACCUCAGCCCGGCGGGAUGUACUUUCCGGUUGCACAUGGCGUCCACGCCGUCAGGCUCGGCAACGAAGCCACCAUAUCUCAAACCAUUGCCGUCAAAGCUGGCUCUCUGUACGCCGUCACGUUCGGUGCUUCCAGAACCUGUGCGCAGCAGGAGGUGUUGAGGGUGUCGGUGCCGCCGCAGUCCGGCGAUCUUCCACUGCAGACUCUCUACUGCAGCGACGGAGGCGAUGUGUAUGCUUAUGGAUUUAUAGCGAAUUCAAACAGUGUGAAGUUGACCUUCCAUAACCCUGGAGUCCAAGAAGAUCCUAAAUGUGGCCCACUCAUCGAUGCCGUCGCCAUUAAAGAGCUCCUCCUUCCCAGACCUACUCGAUUUAAUUUGGUUAAAAAUGGCGGAUUCGAGGAAGGCCCCCACCGGUUAUUCAACUCCACCAGCGGCGUCCUCCUCCCUCCAAAACAACAAGACGUCACAUCCCCGCUUCCCGGCUGGAUCAUCGAGUCUCAGAAAGCCGUUAAAUUCAUCAACUCCAAUAAUUUCAACGUCCCAUCCGGCGUCGCAGCCAUCGAACUCGUCGCCGGAAGAGAAAGUGCCGUCGCUCAAAUCCUCCGAACCAUCCCCAACAAACUAUAUAACCUAAGCUUCGCCAUUGGAGACGCGAAAAACGCGUGCCAUGGUGACAUGAUGGUUGAAGCCUUCGCCGGAAAAGACACCCUGAAAGCAAAGUUCAAAUCGGAAGGCAAGGGGAAGUGGAAGACGGUGAACAUGAAGUUUAGGGCGAUCUCGGCGAGAACCAGAUUGACGUUUUACAGCUCGUUUUACCAUACGAGGAUUGACGAUACUGUAUCUCUUUGCGGCCCUGUGAUUGAUGAAGUUAAGGUGUCCUACAUAGGAGCUUAAAAACUCCAUUGGAGUUGAGAUUUAUAGAAUUAUUUAUAUUUUGGUCGUCUGUAAAUCACAGACCCUUGAUGAUUUAUUAGCUGACAAAAUGGUAUUUGAUUAAUAAUGUUGUUUAAAAACAAAAGAUCCAACAUUUGACCACCAAAUUGUAAUUCAUUUCAACAAUUAUUUGUGGUUC